AUGGCCGAGUUGAAUCACGUUCGCCCGGAAAGAACGGCUCAACUAAUUGGUAAAAGCAAACUCGACCAAAUUACCCAGCAACCGCUAAAUAAUCAGCAAACUAUUUUUCGUCGGUAUGACUACCAAAACCAAAUCACCACUUACUUCUACCGCACUCACGAAAAACUAGUGGGUCAAUGUGCUAAACCAGUCCUCAUCAAAAAAAACUACCGCUUAGGCACUCGCUCUUUAAACCCUUUAUCUUUACUAAAUCUAGCCAGCAAAGAAGUUCGUAAAGAAGUUUACCUUUUCAAAAAACCAAAAAAUAACCCUGUGCAGCAUGAUUUUCAAGAAUUCCUCAUCACCCGUUUACUACUGCUGUGUAGUAAAGCCGAAUUCCUCCACUUACCCUUAGAACAAGAACAGGUUUUUAAAGAAAAUGGCACUUGCGACAACUUAGUCUAUCACCAUUUUAAAACUAAACCCGUUCUCCACUUCCAAUUUACCCCAAAAAACGCCCCCGUCGUGCGGUCUUUUAUCGCCAACUUAGACACUUACGCCCAAGACUAUGACUUGGAAGAAAGCCAAGACUUCUACUCCUACCCCAUCACUCAUGACGCCAAACACGAAAUCACUAAACAACUAACCGGUCUCUGUGGCUGUGAAAUCCGGGCUCGCAACCAAUACUUAAAUAAUUGA